CACUGCGUCACUCUCCUCUCGUCCAAUCAGAGAGCUCCGUGUAUCACGCUGCGAGUUCACAGGUCAGGGGUUGCCAACGAGAGAGGAAGAUGGCGUCAGACAGACGGAGCUGCAGGCAGCGAUGAAACAGAUGAAACAGAUGAAACAGGUCUAACAGGCGGAUACUAAUACUGACACUGAGGAGUGAACACCUCAUUCUCACCACUACCCUCUAAAGACAUUACUUCUCACAGAACAAGGCCACUCAUGGCGCUGCUGUACGGCUUGUUGUGGCGGUUCUUGCUGGUUCUGGUCCACAUCAACAGAGCGCUGGUCGCCUGGCUGCGGGUCCGGCUGCGGAGCCUGAAGGGUCGGCUGUGGGAGCGCGCUGUGGCCGCUCUGCUGCUGCCGGUCGCCCUGGCCGGGUUCCCGGACCACCAGAAGAAGCUGAACCAGAACCCCGACGCUAACGCUAACGCCAACCCGGUGACUGGAAACCGAGCUGCUGUCCGCCGGUCCCGGUGGCUGUCUGACGGCAGGUCUCUGGAGAAGCUGCCGGUCCACAUCGGCCUGCUGGUGGCGGAGGAAGAGCCCAGCUACACGGACAUAGCCAACCUGGUGGUCUGGUGCAUGGCUGUCGGGAUCUCAUACGUCAGCGUCUAUGACAAUCACGGUAUUUUCCGGAAAAACAACUCCCGUCUGCUGGAGGAGAUAGUGAGGCAGCAGCAGGACCUGCUGGGUGCAGACGGAUCCAAAUACAAUGUGGAGUUCCUCAGCAAUGGCAGCGACAAUCACCAGCACCACGUGGUUUCCAGCAGGCCCACGGUGAAGGUGUUGUCUCCAGAGGACGGAAAGCAGAGCAUCGUCCAGGCAGCGCAGCAGCUCUGUCGCUCUGUGGAGAAUAAAGAGAGGAGCUCCAAAGACAUCAGUGUCUCCAUGCUGGACAUACUGCUCAGAGAGUCCAAGAACAUCCCGGACCCUGAGCUGGUGGUGAAGUUCGGUCCUGUGGACAGCACGCUGGGCUUCCUCCCCUGGCACAUCAGACUCACUGAAUUCUUCUCCCUGCCCUCCCACAGAAACAUCUCCUACGAGGACCUGCUGGGCGUCCUGCAGCGGUUCGGUGUUUGUCAGCAGCGGCUCGGCCAGUAACGCGGAGCCCGCGUCAGGCUCUUUUUAUAUACAGGUAGAAGAAGUGUGGGGUUCACGCAGUCAAGAGGAGAGUUUGGACAUGUGAUGACCCCUCCGUGCUCCACUCGUCUCCACUAAAAUCUGUCCCAUCUCCUGGAUCUUUAAAGACUGCUCAAAGACGAGGACACCAGGAGACAAAGCCAGCCAGCUCACUUCCUGCCACCAGCUCUUGUCUUAUAAUAAACUCACAUUCCAGGACCUCUGGAACGAGCUCUCUCUCCGAGCCAAGAGGAAAAACAGCACGUCAGAGACACACACUGACACGAGAAGACUGUCUGCACAGACAUCAGUGUUCCACAAACCCUGUUCUGUCCUCUCAAAACCCUCUGGCUCACUGGUUGUCAUUCAGUCUCCAGCUGCUAUUUUCUGCCCGAAGACUUAAAAAAAUGACUGGCCUUCACUCAGCAGAUAAUAAAGAAGAAACAAGGCUUUGUGCCCGUCUUCGCGAGGCACCCUGGGAAAUCCAGCUGCAUUUCGGGGGUGGGGGAGGAGAGAGGCUCGACUCCCCGACAACACAUGAGCUGAGAGGCGGAAGUUGAGCUUAGGGACAGAGCGGUUAAUAAUGUGUAAAUAUGAGAAAUUCAUGUGGCUCCGUGUUCAUCCCCGUGGCCUCCAGCUUGCAGUCGUGUGUUCAUGUGUAGUGUUGCUUCAGACACAUACAGAGGUUUGUUCAAGGCUCCUGUUGAACUGACCAGGCUCUGAAAUAAAGAAAUGCACUGUCUGUC